CAGAAGGAGACGAUCCGUUUCCAUGGCUCGACAUUUUUAGACGUUCAAGAAGCCUCUCGGAUGAAGAGACCGACUCAGAUACUGAUCAAGCAUCCUUUGUGAGCACACGUGAACGGAUGAGCUGGAGUACGGAUCAGUUCUGGUCAGUUAUCGAGCGUCUUCGUCGGCUCUCCUUGGUGCAGAGCAUUGAAAAGAAGCCUAUAGUUUGGUUCUCUAUCCAUCCGGUGAUCAGGGACUGGCUCCAGUUACGAGAACGGAAGCGAUUGAAUCGAGAAAAGAUAUUACGAGAGGCUAUAACCCUUAUGAGUGUGGUUGUGGAAUCUUCUUUCGCAGAAGUCGCGCAUUCGUCUAGGAGACAAGAACUGCUGGCACAUCUGGAAUCUUGUCAGACCAGUUCACGGCAUAUCAAGCUUACCAAAGCGCUCGGAUGCGCAGAAAUGAGAAAGGAGACAAAUUCGUUUGGGAGAUUUUAUCAAAGCCAGGGAAAACAUGACAGAUCACAAGAGCUGUUUGGGGCACUAUUGAACGAAGACAGAAAUAGCCUUGAUGGAAGUGAUAAGAACCUAUUGCAAAGCCUGGUCAACCUGGCGUCGACGUUUUGGAAUCAAGGGCGGUUGAAAGAGGCCGAAGAGCUGUUUGUGCAAGUGAUGGAGACGAGAAAGAGGGUGCUUGGGGCGGAGCAUCCUUCCACGCUGACCAGCAUGAACAACCUGGCGUCGACGUACAGGAAUCAAGGGCGGUGGAAGGAGGCCGAAGAGCUGUUUGUGCAAGUGAUGGAGACGAGAAAGAGGGUGCUUGGGGCGGAUCAUCCAGACACGCUGACCAGCAUGGGUAAUCUGGCGUCGACGUACAGGAAUCAAGGGCGGUGGAAAGAGGCUGAAGAGCUGGAGGUGCAAGUGAUGGAGACGAGAAAGAAGGUGCUUGGGGCGGAUCAUCCAGACACGCUGACCAGCAUGGGUAAUCUGGCGUCGACGUGCAGGAAUCAAGGGCGGUGGAAAGAGGCCGAAGAGGUGGAGGUGCAAGUGAUGGAGACGAGAAAGAGGGUGCUUGGGGCGGAUCAUCCAGACACGCUGACCAGCAUGGGUAAUCUGGCGUCGACGUACAGGAAUCAAGGGCGGUGGAAAGAGGCCGAAGAGGUGGAGGUGCAAGUGAUAGAGACGAGAAAGAGGGUGCUUAGGGCGGAUCAUCCAGACACGCUGAUCAGCAUGGGUAAUCUGGCGUCGACGUUUUGGAAUCAAGGGCGGUGCAAAGAGGCCGAAGAGCUGUUUGUGCAAGUGAUGGAGACGUUCAAGAGGGUGCUUGGGGCGGAGCAUCCAGACACGCUGACCAGCAUGGGUAACCUGGCGUCGACGUUUUGGAAUCAAGGGCGGUGGAAAGAGGCCGAAGAGCUGUUUGUGCAAGUGAUGGAGACGAGAAAGAGGGUGUUUGGGGCGGAGCAUCCAGACACGCUGACCAGUAUGAGCAACCUGGCGUCGACUUACAGGAAUCAAGGGCGGUGGAAAGAGGCCGAAGAGCUGGAGGUGCAAGUGAUGGAGACGAGAAAGAGGGUGUUUGGGGCGGAGCAUCUAGAUACGCUAACCAGCAUGAGCAAACCUAGUAUCGACGUACAGGAAUCAAGGGCGGUGGAAAGAGGUCGAAGAGCUGGAGGUGUAAGUAAUGGAGACGAGAAGAGAGUACUUGGGGCGGAGCAUCUAGACGUGCUAACUAGCAUGGCCAACUUCGCGUUUCACGUUGAAGCCAGAAAGCCGUAGUAAAGAGGCCAUCUCACUAAUGGAAAAAUAGUUCUAGCUAUAGAAACAGGUUCUUGGCCUUAGUAUUCUUAGAGUCUUCACUCAAAGUUUUAAAAGAGUACCAGAUAGAAAACGUAGAAAUAAAAGUGGUUGCAGC